AUGGGGAAUAUUGUGUCUUGUUGUUCCCUAGAAGAAAAUCAAAAAUAUUUAAAUGAUGAUGAAAUAUUGGAAACGUUUUCUAAUGAUGAGACAAACGAAUUUAAAAAGCGACUAAAGAACAACAUUCAAAUAGUUGUUUUACUACAAGAUGGUACAAAAUUACCGUGUAACUUACAAGCGAAUUUCAAUGAAAAAACCUUAUGCAUAUCUUGCCAUCAGAAAGUGAGAAUGAUAAACUUUAGCGACAUUCGAUCUUUGUUAUAUGGAGAAGAACAAUUGAAGCGUGUAGAAACUCAAGCAAAUUUGAUAAAUGACAACUGUUGUCUUGCUUUACAUUUAGACGACAGUGGCAAUUGUAUCCCUAUAAAAUUUGGAAAUAUAAAAGAAAAAAAUAUAUUUAUCUUUAUUAUGAGGGAAUACAAGAAAAAUUCAUAA